CCGGCGCCGAAUCUCCGUCGUCAUGACGGUCAACUCGAUGCCGACGCUGCUGCGGUCCAUGCAGGCCAGACGUCCCCCGCUCUGCGUGGAACACGUACGCGAUCAGCGCCUGGAGCUGGAUGCGGACGAAACAGCUUUCGGGGUCCAUCUCCGCGGCGUCGAGCGAUGCGACAUUGUGUGCACGGCCUGUCGCGUUGCUCAAAUCUCGAUCGAAGACUGCGCGGAUGUGCGCGUGAGCUUUGUGUCUGUCGUCGCGUCCGUUGAGGUCAUGCGAUGUCGCGGCGUUCACCUCACGUACGCAGGGUCGUGUGGGACCAUUACGAUCGAUGGCUCGUCCCACAUCGCCAUGAACAUUCCUGCGGCGACCGUCGACGCAGUCUGGGUGGUUGCGACACGGGUGUCACAUUUAUGUCUACGGCUGCAAAAGGACGACGACGACGGCAUCCUCCCGACCACCGCAAGCACUAGCAAGGCUGGAAGCGACUCAAUCGACGCAUCAGACAAACCGGUCAACGCAAGGGACCUCGUCCUCGACGUCGUCGACAAUUCCACCAUCACAUGGCAAAACGGAGCAUUUGUUGCGAGCCCCCUCGAACGGCAUGCCUUGUUCACGACGUUGUAACUUCAAUCCAUGGAUCCAGUCUCCACGUGUGUCCAUGGGUCACGGCAGCCGACCACGCCGUGUCCGUCCCUCUCGAGUUCCUGUCCGUCGAUGUAUGGCUGCUCGUAUCGACAACGGUCUCCAUCAGCGGCAAAGGACGGUGGACGUUGGCGUCAAGUCCGUGAAGAUGCUGACGCCGUCCGUCGAGGGCCACCCUUGCGACCAUCCAGCCAUCUCGAUCGGACAAUGGACGGGACCGCCCCAUGUGAAAUCGCACACAAAACAACAUUGACGUUAGGCUCGCCCGACUGAAGGAACCGACGGCACACUCGAUGUCGACCGUCCGUUCUACGUUAGCACACUUGUAACACUCGGGUUUUUCUUGAAAAAACUCAUGAUGCUGCCCUUGGACUUUUGAAGCGUUGGGUGCUUUUCUUCGGGCGACGUGUCGGCCACAGUCAACG